AUGGAGCCACCAUCUGAGGAGAAAAGAAGGAGCCAUGUCAUCACUAUAGACCCAAAUGAAACUAUCUUGACUGCCUUUCCUUACAGACCUCAUAACUCCCUGCUCGAUAUCCUCAAGGGGGAGCCAAAAGUUUUGGGGGCCACCCAGAUUCUCCUUUCUCUGGUCAUUGUGGGCCUUGGGAUUAUAUUAGCAUUGAAUUUCAUCUUUUUCUCCAAAAAAUUUCCUCUCGUGAUCCUCACAGGAUAUCCUUUCUGGGGAGCAGUUAUUUUUUUUCUGACAGGAUUCAUCACAGUGUUCAAUGAUAAAUUAAGACGAAAUCUGAGACCAGGAGUCACAACCAUGAAUAUCCUCAGCUCGCUAGUUGCAUUAGCUGGGAUUGCCUUGAUCCUCGUCAGCUUUACACAGCAGCACAAAUUCUGCCAGGCGCCCUCCCUCGAAGGAACAUGUGUAGUAGGCAGAACGCUUCUCCUUGGAAUUUUGUCCAUUUUAUUAAUCAUCACCAUAGUGGAGCUCAGCAUCUCUGUGACUAUUGCAUCCUUAAGAAGCAAUUGCUGGACCAGUUCGAGAAAGGCUGUAUUCUUCUUCCCUUCAGAAGUUCCUCAAAAUACUGAACAGCCUGUGCCAGAAGAAAAUAAUCAAUUACAAUUUGAGUUUCAAGGAAAAUCUCCCAGUGAUAAUACAACUUCAAACAUAACAGCCAUUUUCUUAGGGGGUUAUGCUUUCUUCAAGUUAAGAGGCCUAAGAAAUCCUUCAGCUCCCAAAAAUAUCUCACGGAAAAGUGAUAAGGGUACAUCUUCUAUGCAUGUUCCGGAUGAACAGGAGACUAUUCCUCCACCCUCCCUAGAGGAAGAAACUAAACUGGAUGCUUUACUUCCCCCAUUAACACCAAAAUCUUCAGAAAAUAUUCCUUCCCAAAAAGAGUCUAGAAGCAAUAACCUGAAUGAUGAGGGCCUAGAAUCUAUUACACGUCAAACCUCUGAUCUGCAACCCAAAUUGAUUGACGACCAAAAUAUGUCACCCAAAUUUCUAAAAACUCCAUCUUCACAUAAUUUCUCCCCUUUGUUACCUGACAGUUUAUCAUCCCAAACAAUGGCAGCUCUGUCAACACAAGUCUUACAAUCUAAACCCCCAUCAUCCCGUAUUUCACAGUCUUAUGAUCUGACAUCCGAGGACUUGCCUUCUGAAGACAUACCAUCUCAAGAAACCCCAUCCCAAGACAUGCAAUUCCAAGAUACACUCACUCAAAGCAUAUCAUCCCAAGAGACUCAAUCACAAGAUAUUCCAUACCAAGAUAUACUAACUCAAGACAUACCUUCCCAAGAGACUCCAUCCCUAGAGACUCCAUCCCAAGAGCUGUCAUUCCAAGAUACACUAACUAAAGACACAUCAUCCCAAGAUACUCCAUCUCAAAAUACUCUAUUCCAAGAAACUCCAUACCAAUAUACUCCAUCCCAAAAGAUUCCACACCAUUAUACUCCAUCCCCAAAGACUCCAUCCCCAAAGAUUCCAUCCCCAAAGAUUCCAUCCCAAGAAAGCCCAUACCAAAAUGUUCCAUCCCCAAAGAUUCCAUCCCCAAAGACUCCAUCCCAAGAAAGCCCAUACCAAGAUGUUCCAUCCCCAAAGAUUCCAUCCCCAAAGACUCCAUCCCAAGAAAGCCCAUACCAAGAUAUUCCAUCCCCAAAGAUUCCAUCCCCAAAGACUCCAUCCCAAGAAAGCCCAUACCAAGAUAUUCCAUCCCCAAAGAUUCCAUCCCCAAAGACUCCAUCCCAAGAAAGCCCAUACCAAGAUACUCCAUCCCCAAAGAUUCCAUCCCCAAAGACUCCAUCCCAAGAAAGCCCAUACCAAGAUACAUUAACUCUAGACAUACCAUCCCAAAGGACUCAAUCUGAAGAAACUCCAUCACAAGAGAUUCCCUCUCAAGAAACUCCAUCGCAUGAUUUGAAAUACCAAGAUGUACUAUCUCCAGAAAAAAUAUCGCAAAGCACACAAACCCAAGAUACAGUGGCCCAUGACAUGUCAUUCUCAGAUCUUCAAGCACUAAACACUGAAGUUCAAAUCCAGCAAGAUCCAGAAAUAUUUUAUAGAGACAUUCGAACAGAAGUUAUGGAGCUGACUCAAGAAUGGAAGUCUAAUAUGAGCAAGAAAACCCCAAGAAGACUUUCCUUAUCCUUGCCAGGCAAACAUAAAAUAUUCCCUCCCAAGAGACAUUCCCUGGACCUACAAAUCAAAGGUGAUGAAGCCCCAAGGAGACAUUCUGUAGAUGUACAAAGGAAAACUUCAAGACGGAAAUCCAUAGAUCAGCAAAUCAAAGCCUGGCUAUCCACAAAGAAGCACACCACAGAGAAACAAGAUGCAUACACUCAAACCUCAGAGCUAUUCCUCUACCAGCAAGCUGAUCAGCAGCAGGUCAAAGAGGAGGAGGUCCCAGUACAACAACCCCAAGAUGAGCAAAGCAAAGACCAAAAAUCUGUAGAGGAACUAUACCCAGGAGAGCAGCUUAACGGCAAGGAGGAAGAAGAUCAGCAGUCUGAUGAAAAGCCACAUCCAGAAGAACAAGUUCAACCAUCUGAAGACAAGCAGCCUCUAGAGCAGAAAGCCCUGAAUAGCCAGGAAGAAAGACAGCAAGCGCUAGUAAGAAGAACCCCGAUGCCGUCAUGUCUGGACUGGGACUCCCAAAGCUUUCAAUUCUCAGAAAGGUCAUGUUCAUAUUGGUCAACUCCAUCCUGGCAACCUGUUAGCCUGGGAUCCCAGGACUGGAGAAGUCAAGGCUGGAGAAACAAAGAUUGGAAAGCACAAGAAUGGCAGUUUGAAAUACAGCCUUCCCUGGACUGGGAAUCCCAAGAGCUAUUAGAAAGAGAAUCCUUAAGGCAAAGGGCACUAUAUCAAGAAGUCCAACCCCGCAGCACCAUAGUCCAACACACCCAAGAUCGUCAAUUGCGUAACUUUGUAUUUCAGGUAGGUCUGUGUCAAGGUAACGACCAACAAUCUGGUGUUUUAAGAGGAGAUAUGUAUGCUGCAGAUGAUGUACAAACAAGAGACAGGGAACCCCAAGACACAGAAGACAUAGAAAAUACAUGCUCAAAACCAAAAGACCAGCAGUCAGAAGACACAAGGCCAGAUAAUUACCCUGUUUCUUGUCAGAGCUUGGUUCCAUACACAUAUAUAACUUGUUUAUCCAAUAUAGCUUCAGAGCAAGAGGUGCAGAACAAUAUGCCCUGUUCAGAUUCAUCCAAAGAUCUGAAUGUCACUUCUUCCUCAUGCUAUCAAAAAGAUCAACAGCAAUCUGAGGACUCAGACUGA